CAGACAAAACAUUUUGUAGUUUUGUACUGAAGGACAAAGAUGUCGUAACCAGCUGAACGUCAAAAGUGCAGUGACAAUACUGACAAAAUAAUACAAGUAUUCUUCAAUUUUCAAUAUUAUGGGUGACGAAAAUUUAAAUUCUAGUAAAAAAUGUGAUACUAAUAAGUGCAAUGUCUUAAUUAUUGGUGCCGGCAUGGCUGGCCUUGCUGCCGCCAAUUACCUUCAUAAAAAUGGCAUGCAAGACUUUAUAAUUUUAGAAGCUAGAAAACGAAUAGGAGGACGUAUAAUUUCAAUACCAAUGAAAAGUUUAAACGUUGAACUUGGAGCCAAUUGGAUUCAUGGAGUACUGGGUAAUCCAAUUUUCGAAAUUGCUAUGGCUAACGGUCUUGUAAAUAUUAUAAACAUACCCAAACCGCAUAAGGUUAUAGCAGCAACAGAAGACGGAAAACAAGUACCCUUCGGAGUACUACACGAGAUUCAUGAAGCUUAUGUAUGUUUCCUAAGACGCUGUGAGGAGUACUUCUUGUGUCAAUAUUUACCCCCACCUGACAUCCAUAGUGUUGGUGAACACAUCAAUUUAGAGGCAACUAUAUAUCUAGAACGACUUCCAUCCUCUGAAGAGAAGAAAUUAAGAAGAUUGAUAUUUGACUGCUUGUUAAAAAGAGAAACCUGCAUAUCCGGGUGUAACAGUAUGGAUGAAAUAGAUCUCCUAGAGUUAGGUAGCUACACAGAAUUGCAAGGUGGAAAUAUAAUGAUACCAACUGGAUAUAGUUCAAUUUUGGGACCUCUGACUAAGAACAUUGAUUCUGAGAGAGUAUUGAAGGAACAUGCUGUACAAAAAAUAAUUUGGGAUUCAGGGGAUCAUAGCUCUACAAGACCUCUUGAAGAUUUGGGAGAAGAGUCUGAGGAUUCUGAUCAAACUGUUAUUGAGGACAUUUCUAAAACAUCAUCUUCUGAUAAAACUGUGAAUCCCGGAGAAGGCACUUCCUUAACAGAUAUCACAAGAAAACCAAAGAAAAAGAAUUCUAAUUAUGUUGAAGUAGUUUGUGAAAAUGGACAGACUUUCUAUGCUAAUCAUGUGAUAUGUACAAUCCCCCUAGGUGUUCUAAAAGAAAAUGCUUCAGCUUUGUUUGAACCUCCUUUGCCACAAUACAAAAUGGAAUCACUUGAAAGAUUAUUAUUUAGUACUGUAGAUAAAAUCUUUUUAGAAUAUGACAGACCAUUUUUAAAUCCUGAAAUUACUGAGAUUAUGCUUUUGUGGGAGAAUCAAUCUACACCUGAAGAUAUAUCUGAUUCAUGGUAUAAAAAAAUAUAUUCAUUUAGCAAAGUAUCAGAAACUUUGCUUUUAGGAUGGUUGUCAGGCAAAGAGGCUGAAUAUAUGGAGUCAUUGUCUAAUGAGGAAGUAGCAACUACUUGCACAAAGAUACUUAGAAAAUUUUUGAAUGAUCCCUUUGUUCCAGAACCACAGAAAUGUGUUUGCACAAGUUGGAGGAAACAGACAUUUACCAGAGGCUCAUACACUGCUAUAGCUGUUGGAGCCAGUCAGAGUGAUAUUGAGAGUUUAGCUCAACCACUAUUCAGAAAUGUUCAUGACAAAAAGCCUGUUCUGCUCUUUGCUGGAGAGCACACACACAGCAACUUCUACUCUACAGCUCAUGGUGCAUAUGUUUCGGGGCAAUCGGCGGCCCGGCGCCUGCUAGCCCCAGACGAACCUGAAGAGAACUUCCUUGAAUGUCCUGGUUCAGCUGACUUGACUUCGUGGAUACAAGGCAUACAACUCGAAGGCUAAUAAUUCUUCAAUGGUAUGUAGACAGGUUCAGUACACAGUGCAUACCUAGACACUAACCCUCAUUGUAUUUAUUCAUUAUACAUGACAGAGGCUUUGCCUAAUUUACUCAUAAGAAUUGUGAUUUUGUUCAAUAUUACUGUUAAUAGGAAAUAGUUUAUCCAUUAAUGUAUUAUGUUCUGCUAUUUGAAUGAACUAAGUGGUUAAAUUAUUUAUUUCUUGCAUAUACCUAUUUAAAUUAUUAUAAUUUAUUUCAAAAUACUGUAACUGA